AUGGCUGAACCGUUUCCCUCGAUCGCUGGCGCUUCGCUAACUGAGCUCAUUGAACAGCUAACUCAUUAUGCACUUUCGAAUGGCUUGUUGAUUUAUCCGCCAGGCUUCGAGGCUUAUCAACCAACUGUGGCUCCGGUUACGCUCUAUCCUACGCCAUUACCACGGAGCGAGUUCAACAAGGGAGUCGCCAUCUCCACCAAGUUCAACGAGCUGUACAGUAAUGUGGUUGUGGAGAAGUCUUGGCUCAUCGAGGUGAUUGACGAAUUGUCCAAGUUUGAUCGUGACUUCACUGGAAAGUUAUACGAGACAUAUCUCGAAGCUGAGUCCAGCAUUGUGCAACCUGUUUCGUUGGGAUUGUUCCGGUCCGAUUACAUGCUGGAUACUGUUUCUGGUAAUAUCAAGCAAGUUGAAUUUAACACCGUUAGUGUGUCAUUUGGUGGUCUCUCUCCAAAGGUCGGAAAUCUACACAGUUUCCUGAAUAAUCAAGGUCUCUACGGCAAACCCAAAUACUACAAGGAGGAAGAUCUCCCAGUUAGCUAUUCGACAGCAGGACUUGCCAAUGGAUUGUAUGAGGCAGCAAAAUAUUACGACACCACCGAGAGGGCUUCAGAUACAAUUGUCCUGUUUGUGGUUCAACCGGGCGAGCGUAACGUUUUUGAUCAACGUGCUGUUGAAUAUAGCCUUGCUGAGAAAGGAGUCAAAUCGAAGAGAGUUGAUUUCACAAAAGUGGUCACUAGUGUCAAGGUUGACCAAUCCACAAAUAAGGUGUACUACGGAAAUGAAGAGGUGAGUGUGGUCUACUACCGUUGUGGAUAUGCUCCUAGCGAAUAUACCGGUCCCGAGACAUGGGAGGCCCGGUUAUUAUUAGAGAAAACUAAGGCUGUGAAGUGCCCCUCGUUGCUGGUUCAAUUGAGUGGAGUUAAAAAGGUUCAGCAGCUACUCACCAACAAUUCGAUCUUGAGCAAGUAUCUGGAAAACAACGACGAGCUUUCGUCAACGUUUGUCAAAAUUUAUCCAUUGGAUGAUACUGAGGAAGGGCUUCUUGGAAAGAAGUUGGCAUUCGAGCAACCUGAAAGGUUUGUGCUAAAACCACAAAGAGAAGGAGGAGGAAACAACAUUUACAAAGAAGAUAUUCCUUCUUUCUUGGAAAGCAUAGAGGCAAAAGAUUGGGGAGCAUACAUUUUGAUGGAACUGAUCAUUCCUCCCAUUCAUGAGAACAAAAUACUAAGAAAUGGCGACGUUCUCAGCGAAGGCGUGGUGAGUGAGCUCGGAAUCUUUGGUACAAUUUUAUUCAACGAGAAAUCUGGCUCCAUAAUACACAAUGAGGAGUCUGGAUAUUUGCUGCGCUCCAAAACUAGUAGCUCCAACGAAGGAGGAGUUGCUGCGGGCUUUGGAUGCGUUGAUAGCCUAUAUUUAUAUGAAUAA